GGUUUACAGUGGAGGCAGGGAAUCCUAAACCACCUCGACACGAUACUGUCAUUUUUUGUUACUUUAGAGUAUAUAACAGCGGGUCCCUGGUUUUGGGGGCAAGACCGGAGAACAGAACCUCGCGCAAUGAACCUGCUAACGUGCUAGCGCGAGCUAACGAGCUGCAGGCCGGUCUGUAGACGGCUAGCAUAUUCACCGUGUGGUUGGGCAGAAUUAAAGCGCACAGUAGCGCCGCUACCCGGAGAAACUCGCAGGAAACGCCGCUGUUUUACAGGUCGCGGUCCCUCCUGUGAGCAUAUGAAUGAACAUACCUGUCCACGGUGAAGUAUUUAAUCCGCUUCAGCAGAGAGACCAACCAUGCGUGAAUAUAAGCUUGUGGUCCUUGGCUCUGGGGGUGUAGGGAAGUCUGCACUGACAGUCCAGUUUGUACAGGGAAUAUUUGUUGAAAAAUAUGACCCCACUAUAGAAGACUCUUAUAGAAAGCAAGUUGAGGUGGAUGGGCAGCAAUGUAUGCUAGAAAUCCUGGAUACUGCAGGCACAGAGCAGUUCACUGCGAUGAGGGACCUGUACAUGAAGAACGGUCAGGGUUUUGCUCUGGUUUACUCCAUCACAGCACAGUCCACUUUUAAUGACCUGCAGGAUCUACGGGAGCAGAUUCUGAGGGUGAAGGACACAGAGGAAGUGCCAAUGAUCUUGGUCGGAAAUAAGUGUGAUUUAGAGGAUGAGAGAGUGGUCGGGAAAGAGCAGGGUCAGAAUCUCGCUCGUCAGUGGAGUAAUUGUGCCUUUGUAGAAUCUUCCGCCAAAUCAAAGAUCAAUGUCAAUGAGAUCUUUUAUGACCUGGUAAGACAGAUAAACAGAAAGACACCAAUGGAGAAAAAGAGAGCAAAAAAGAAGUCAAACUGCGUCCUACUGUAACACAAAUGCAGAGCAUCACUGCAACAGCUCUGAGCCAGAAUGCCGAAAUGAAAAACUGUUGCCCAGCUGGCCAAUAUUCCAGUUCCUCUCUACAGUUAUUGGCCAACAAUCAAUAAGACAGAACACCAUAGACACUAAUAUACUCAAGACAUGACAGAAAAAAGAGAGAUGAAGCCUCUGCCUUUUCUUCCAGAACAGUCUUGCCAAUUU